AUGCUUGGCAAUGGUGACGCGCCAACUUUGACGCUAGCCAUCGAUCAAAUGCUGAAUAAGUCAUGUUCGAGGCUCAAGAAGGAGCCGAGACAGCGUCGGCAGGAUGUCGCUAUUGGAGUGCAUCCAUCCCCAGCUCAUGUUGUCCAGCUUCUCAGAAAUAAGAUUCACGCACGAGCGCCGGAGGGCCCCAUCGCAUGCUUUGAACACGCAACAAGCCAUAUAUCGUAUGCGGACACGACUAGUUUCUGUCGUUGUUGUGGCCAGACACGACGAUCUCACGGAUCCUUUGGUAACGUGGCUGUAUGA